GAAUGAUUGUAAUACUGCCUCGAAAGUGACGCAGCCCGACUCUAGAGGAACAACACAAUUCAGCGGCUCGAACGUCAUCUCAGGCACAGGAAAUUCCGCAUUGCUGCCACACUUUCUGUUGCUGAGAAAUCUCGGUACAGCUUCCACCUGGUGCAUUUUGAACGAAAACAGAAAACGCCGCGGUAGGAAGGACAAGCGGGUCAGGACGCAGACACACAACACCGACUCCUUCCCAGGGUCCUUCCAGUCCUUCAAUUUUCAUUCGGUUUGCAGUCUGACUGCGCCAUCUCUGGUAGGAUAACCAAAAGGAUGGAUUAUACUGAGAAAGCACCAAAGCGCAAUGGCUUUGCUGUCUCGUACGUGACUGGUGAUCUGUUCCGGUGUCCAGCAGAAGAAUCACUGGCACACUGCAUCAGUGAGGACUGCCGUAUGGGAGCAGGGAUAGCAGUUGCAUUCAGAAAUAAGUUCCAAUCCAUCGCAGAGCUACGGAGCCAGAAGAAGAAAACUGGAGAAGUGGCAGUGCUGAAGAGAAACCAAAGAUACAUUUACUAUCUGAUUACUAAAAAGAAAGCCUUUCAAAAGCCAACUUAUGAAAGUCUACAGAGCAGCCUGGAGGCCAUGAAGAGACACUGUAUCAAAAGUCAAGUCACACGCAUCUCAAUGCCCAGGAUUGGAUGUGGAUUGGACAAACUCAGCUGGAAUAAAGUUGCUCAGAUAAUUCAUGAUGUUUUUAAGAGCACUGACAUUGUUAUCACUGUGUACUCGCUGAGCAGCUCUGUGGCUUGCUGCUUUGAGUGGAAACGUGAUCAGAUGAGUAACUCUUCGGAUUGCCAUCAAAAACCAAGUAGUUGCCAAGUAGUUUGUGUUUAAAGAUGUGGUCCAAAGGAACAGGAAGCAGCAAGAACUGAAAACUAGGACUUGUAAUUGAUUGAACCUGGUUGGUAUACUCAUCUAAAAGUGGGAAUAGUUUCUGGGAGUUUUCGAUUAAAUGAAACAUCUUCAUCCUGUGGGAAUUUCAGAAUGCUGGUAUUGAGAUGAAAUCACUUCGGCUUGGAUUCUGUGCUUAAGUGUUACUGAUGCUGUUAGGGAAUGGAUGUUGAGUGUUUCCUAGAUUUCAUAUUAUAGAAAGUGAACAUGGACUUUUAACAAAGGAGAAAAUGUGAAGUUUGGCCUUUUGCUCCAGUAGAUGGGGAGAAGCAACAUAGACUUGAAGGCACAACCUGAAAGUGGACUGGAACCAAGAAACCUGGAGGUUCAUUUGUGUAGAUCUUUGAUUAUAUUAAGAAUAGAUGGUAAAGUGUAAUGAUCUUAGGUACCAUGUAAAAAGUACAAAACUAUGAAAGUUGUGUUGAAUGUUUUAUAAAGUAUGCAUACUGUUCUGGUCAUCAUAAACUUAAGAAACUGAAGCCUUUGCACACUGAUCAGAUUUGUGAAGAUGCUUCCAGGAAGAGAGCUACAAAUUUUGUUGGAGAAUCUGGGGUUGUUUCAGUAAAAAGAUUAGUUUGGAAUGUGAGGUAGAACUUUGUUUAGCAAGAGCUGAUAGCUUGCCACCUAUAACUAUGGGCAAUCAAUGAUUUCAAAAGGAAAUUGGAAUAGCACCUGAAUGAAAUCAGCUUAUAAACAGAUGUGGGAAAGCAGGGAAUGUGAUUGGCUGAAUGGGUCAGCAGAGACCUGAUGUCGACUGAAUGCGCUGAAGUAAUAAUUCUAAGACCCAGUGGCUAUUUUACAUCCUGCUAGUGAGGUGGGAAACAUUUGAUCAUAAACUA